GCGGGGGAGAUCGGACCCCUUUCAGCUGACCGGCUUGGUUUGGGCUCUUCUUCGGAGUUUGCCCGGCUGAAGAAAGAGAAGGAGGAGAUGGCUCUCAUCCUAAAGAGCCAAGCUGAUGAGUUGGCCAGGCUAUCCGGGCUGACCGGGUCGAUGAGGGCGGAGAUCUCUCACCUUAAGGAAGAGAAUGGCCGGCUGAUGGACGAGGUGUUUGAAGCCAAGAGGGAGAUGGCGGAGAAGGAAGAAACCUUCCCCGGGCGUGCAGCUGCCUGGGUGGAAGAGAACAAAGCUGAAGCUGCCCGGGUGAUGACGGCGACUCCCGAGACCACGAUGGAGUCCUUCAGGCUUCUUUACCGGGAGCCUGAAGGAAGGAAGAUGAUUACCGCGAUUGGAUCCUUCGGAUUCAAGAGCGGUCAAAAGAAGGACAUGAUCGCCUCUCACCGGGUACUGCUCAGAAGAGAUCCGGACUUCACCGCUGCAUCAUACGGCUUGGCCUCUAUCCCGGAAGAAGAGCCGACUCCCCCCUUCCCCCUUGACUGAUCUCCCCGGCUGUGCCCGUUUAUUCUUUGUAAAACUUUUAGUAGAGAUUCCCCCGGGUAAGCCCGGCGUACUUGUAAUCAUU